AUGCGUUUCACACUUUCCUGUCUUGCCUUGUUGGCCACAGCUAUGACCGUCGCCGCUGACAAUGUUGUCAAACUGGCCGUGCCAGGUGACGAUGACGAUGGCAGUGGGAUGGACGCGCUUGCAGACAUUAGGUUCCGAGUUGUUGGCAUUAAUGGUUCCACGACGUCGUACUCACCAAAUUGUCCCGCAAGUGCUACCCCUACCACCACCAGUAGCGCGAGCACUACCGCCGGUAACCGCCUCAUGAACUGUGAUAUGACAUUUGUGUCAGGCCCAAAGACGUUUCGGAUGGAUUGGGAAGGCGAAACUUUUGAGCGAUGCGAUAUGGGCUCCAAGAGCGCCACUUGCUAUGUAACGUGGACGACAACCCGUGGAACAUCAAUCCUCGGAACGGAUGUCGAUUCCUCGAUGGUCCCUGUUACCACAGUUUCAUUCACCGUCACAGCAACAGAUGCCUCUGUUACACCCUCGUCUUCGGCCUCGGCCUCGGCUUCUGCCAAGGCCACUGCUACUGGAUCUGCCGAUGCGUCAUCUACCAGUGCAAGUGCAUCGAACACUGAGAAUGCUGCCAUGGGUCUACCCACGGGACACGCCUACUUUGCGGCGGGUGGUGCAGCAAUGGCACUUGCGGUAGCUAUUGCCUAG